AGAAGCUCUUCUGUUCCAUUCUCUCUCUAAGAGAGAGAGAGAGAGAGAGAGGGACAGCGCAAUGAAGAGAGAAGUGGUAGUUGUGGAAUGUGAGAUGGAUCGGCAACCCGGAAUCCCUGACUCGGUUGCCACUCGGUCGGACGACAUCGCUUUGGUGUUGUUCAAUUCCGCCACUCCUCCUCCAAUCCAACCUUCAGGGGACAAGGGAACUUUGAAACUUGCUUACAAGACAUUAGGAGUUGUUUUUGGAGGGCUUGUGACUUCCCCACUGUACGUUUAUCCAUCAAUGCAACUGAAAUUUCCAUCUGAAGAUGAUUACUUGGGUAUCUACAACAUCAUGUUUUGGACCCUCAGUCUAAUUGGGAUCGUCAAGUAUGCUAGCAUAGCUCUUCGAUGAUCAGGGUGAAGGUAAAGAUGUGGUGAUCCCGCCGAACUGAGGGCAUGGACAUUUUUGUGAAGAGUAGAUAGCUC